GCGAUGUCGAGCCCUCUGGGACCGCAGCAAAAACCUGGCAGGAGCUGUCUGCGGGCUUUGCUUGUCCUUUCCAUUGUGGUUCUUCCUGGCUUCUCCCCCUACUGUGUGGAUUUGCCUUUGGGUGCCUUUUUGGACUUUCGCUUGCCCUGUACCUCUGUUUCCUGCUGCUCCCUCGAUUUCAGCCUUUCCCUUCCCAACGUGCUUCACCUGCUCCUCCUCCAGAAUCUGCUACACUUAGAAGCAGGUCUCGCCUGUCAGGCUACUUGCAUGAGUGAGGCGAGCAUCCGGGCUCUGACUGCCGCGGUUGAACGCCUGACCAUAGCCACAGAUCGCCUAGCUGACCAGCUGCAGACCCGGAUUUUCGAGGUGCCCCCUCCACCGCCACGCAGCCCUGGGGUGAUUGUUGAAUCUGCUCGGGUCCCUUUUCCCGAACACUUUGUCAGUCAGAUUGCUCUGCUGCGGUUCCGUGGACCUGAAGAGGGGCCUGGGGUGGUACCUGCUUUUGUGAUUGAUUUCUGCAAGGAGAAACUGUCUUCGAAGCCUCCAGGGCCAGAAGAACGUGCUUGUGUGGCAUACCGGGCAGGUUUUUGGGCCUCUGUCUCCAUCAGCACAAACACAGCAUAUAACCAGAUUCAGGUGCCUGGACUCCGUGUGAAUCAUUGGGUUGUGCUCAGGAGCUGUGAUUCCUUGCCUUUCCGCACCACCACACGUCGCGAUUUCGACAACCUGGUCGAUCCUGCGGAUAGACUGCUUGUUUUUGCGGUAUUGGAUUCGUUGGCUGAAGUCGAAGCCUUUUGCCUGGGUAGAGGGGAUGACAGCCUGCUUUUGGUUUUUACUCUUCCUCAAGAGCAUGUGAAUGUGAAUGUUCCUAAUUCAUGCAUGGCCAUUCCUGUGUUGCCCCGAGAAGGUGGCAUGCUCCUAGCAGUGCCUGAUGGUUUUCUUUCGAAUGAUGCUUUGCUCGAUGCCAGUGCUGCCGAGGAUGCCGACAUCCUUGGCCCUUCCCGUGACUUUGUGGCGCCCUUGUUGGAGGAAGACGAGUCCGGUCUUGAGGUACCUGUGGGCGUUGACGCCCCAUUUUGUGUGAUUGACGUCACCGAUGGUGUCCUGACCAUGCUCCGCGAGUAUGAUCCUGUCAUUGACCCCAGCGGUGAGAUUUUGCCUUAUGUAAAAGAGAGACCUCUUGCCAUCGUCGAUGUUUCCGCUGUCAUUGCCAACAUAGUUGCAUGGGUCACUGAAGUAGAUGGCAUUGCCAGGCUGAAUUUUUAUACGGCUCGAGAAGAGCGAGAAGAGUCCAAUGCGCCUCCACCUCUGCCCAGCUCGAAGGCGGCUCCAAAGAGGGCCGGUGCAAGGAAGAUCACCAAUGUGAAAGCCCUUGCCUUGCAACAGCAGACCAUCCUAGAGAUGAAUCAGGGGACUUCUGCCACUCCUGCACCCGGGCCCGUUUUUGGGGCCUCCAUGCCAGCAAAGUUGCCAAGUGUGUCCGCAGGUCUUCAGCAGGCCUUACCGUCGGGGUUGCCGAAGUUGGGAAACUUGCUGAGGCCUCCGCCCAAAUCCAAGCCUCCUGCGGCUGCCGCAGGUGCUGUAGAUGCAGGCGUGCCAAACGCUGUUCUGAAUGUCGAAGGUCCUCCAGAGGCUCAGGGGUUUUCCCAGGCCUUGAUGCAGCAAUCCCAGGCGAUCACCAGCUUGGUUGCCCACCUGACCUCGGGCGAUGCCUUGACAGAGCUAAGCAGCAGCGCCUCAUCCAGUCACGGCUUGCAUACCAAAGGCGUGAUGCGGCGAGAAAAGAUGCAGCAGGAACUUGCCAACGGCAGCUCGAAUUUCUUUGUGCAGGUACAGCAACAGAUCCACAAACGCAUGUUCCCUUCUCGCCCUUUGCCCAAGGACGAGAACGAGCUGGUGAAUACAGGUGCCACUCUAUGCGGGUACCUGGAGAAGUUCGGCGGCUACAAGAAUCGUGCAGAGACAGCCAUGAUCAUGUGGAUGUUAGGACACGCAAUGGACGCAGCCGCCAGCGGCGACGACAGACUCUGCAAAGAGUAUCUUGCCCUGACUGUUGCCUGCAUAGAACAGAGCGUGGUGGAUGGGGGGAACUGGAAUCUAGCAUAUGUCCUGUCCCUCCUGGAGGAGCCACCAUCCCAGGUGUUUUCCGAAAAGACAGCUGCAGUCUCCUCCCUGGGGAAGCCUUUCGCAGCGCUUGUGCCUCCGACAUGGUCGGCAGUUUCCCUAGCUUUUCUCAAAGAGUUGGACCUGUUGACAACGAAGAAGGCCGAAGCCGGAAAACCCAAAGUUGCAGCCAAAGCAGAGGAGCCGGGUCCUCCCUCGCCCAAGAGGUCUCUGAUGGAGUCGGAGGGCCCUGCUUUCUUGGACAAUGUGCCUAAAGCCGGGCGUCGUUUCCCUGAAUUGAUUGCACGUUUGGAUGAGCUGACAGACAUGCUUACGAGACUUGGUGUUUCUGCCAGCCCCUAUGACAAGACAUACCAGGGUUUUGAGGUGCCCAAGGGCGAGCCGGCCCCAGAAGCAAAACCUUACCAAGAUAUGGAUCCUGAGAAGCUUCUACUUUUUGGAAAAGGAACCUGGGAUGUGACGGAAUUUUUGCCUGAUGAUUUAGUGAUGGCCUAUCGUGAGCCUAGGCGAGGGCAGAAUGCCCGAGAGUCAAUAGUGGUCGGCCCUAGUCGCAAUUUGCCGAAUGGUUGUGAUUUCACGGAGUUGUAUAUCAAUCCCAACACACAUCGUUUAGCCAUCAGCAUUACAGACCGCAAGGAUUUUUACCACCAGAUCCAUGCCACACAGGCCAGAGCCAUCAGUAACACCAUCGGCCCUGCAGUUCCCAUGGAGAUGCUCACAGAGACUGGCGCCUACAGCGCUUUUUUUUUGAAAGAGGCUCAGAGGAAGCAGCCAAGAGGGACCUAUGGGGACGAGCUCUACAUGCGAGAUGAUACUGGCUAUGAGCUGCCUCCUGAAGGGUGCCUCUGGGUGAGUUUCUCCUCCAUUCUACAAGGUGUUACGUGCUCAAAGAGAAACUAUGAUGUGGCAAACCAGGCAUAUCAGAAAUAUGGGCUUUUGGGAUCACCACAUAAGGACCUUGUUGACGUUGAGGAAGGCAGGGUUAUAGGUGCCUACUUGAAUGGAAGCGACCGCGCAGCCCAGCAUGGUAUGGUUACAGUUGCAGCACCCAUUGCGAAGCGUCUGGGACUUGCAUAUCUCUCGGUCCUUCUGGCGCAACUUCCUUACACUAGCGAUGCGCUACAUCUGUGCCUGGUUGGAGGCUGGGUGUCUUGCCUGACGUACCGAAGACCUUUGAUGUCGGUGCUCUCAAGGUGUUUCAAGAUGGUCGAUAUGGAUUCCUUUGACAGGGAUAACCCUAGGAUCAUUGCUCUGCCCAGGAAGACUGCAGAUGAGCUUGUUUUGCUUGCAGUGCUGAUGCCAAUGGUCUCCACGGACAUUGCCACUGAUUUCGAGCAUAGGGUUUUUUGCACUGAUGCCUCGAGUUUCAAAGGAGCAAUUCUAUCAGCCCCUGUGACGCGUGAUGUAGCUGAGGUUCUCUGGAAGACGUCCCGCUCGAAGGGGGCCUACACACGGCUGUUGACUCCACUUGAAAGCCUCCUCAAGAAUCUCGAUGCUUUGGAGGAACAUGAGAACCCUGCUCCGGAGCAACAUCAGAUCGCUAGGCCCCUUGCCUGUGUUUACGAUUUUAUUGAGGUCUUUUCUGGAGCCAGUAAGAUCACGGCUUUUCUGAAGGAAAUGGGUUUUGUUUGUGGACCACCUCUGGACUUGAGCAUCAGCGCUGAGUAUGAUGAUCAGACAUCUGCAGGAACUCAACUUGCCUGUAGGUCCAUGCAGCUGAUGUACGUCGGCGCCAGACAUGCUAGGAAAGAGGCUGCUCGACAGCUUGAACAAGGACCUACAGCGGGACUUGAGAGUCAGCUUGUCAAUGAUCUAAUGCAGCGGGUAUGUGCUUUGAUUACAGCCGCAGGGAUCUAUUUGAAUAUCCCUUUCUGUCCAACGCGCUUGAACGCAGCAGAUGACCCAACACGUGACUGCCCCUUGCGCAGUCCAAUAGAAGGGCUCGGAGCAUCUGCAAUGUCCAGGGAUGAACUCUUUGACCUGGCUGCCUUUCCCAAGCUUAGGAAGUGGGCUUCAAAUUGGGCUCGCCUAAUCCUGAGGGUCCUAGGACUAAAAGCCCUGCACUUUGCCAACCGUGCAGUGUAUCGCUUGCCCCUUCCUAUUAAAGAUGCCCCGUGCCAUGCGUGUCCCCAUGAUGCACUUGAUUUCGAUGCCACCUUGGGCUACCCUGGUGAAGGCCCUCAGCCUUUCUUUGUCUUGUCUUCUAUGUUUAUCCUGCUAAGCCGACUAAUGUGGGGCUGGAGGCGCUUCUGCGGCAUCAUCGCUCUAGGCUUUGGCGGCCUGCUCCGCCCUGGCGAACUGGUGGCGGCUAAGAGGGAAGACCUAUUACUCCCCAUCGUUCUUUUUGGUCAGCUUCUCAUUGACUGUUGGCAGCUCUACGCAUGGACCUUUGGACCUAUGACUGGCUGCCUUUCAACAAAGGCCAAUCUCGAAGCAGACCCU